UACAUUUCACAAAGCUAAGUUAUAGCAGAAAACAGAAUAGCAAUUGUCUUAUAGAGCAGAAAACACCAAACUAAAAUUGACACUUCUUCUGGGUCCUUCAUUAAAAUCCUCUUCCAAAAAAAGCAUCAAAACACACAGAUAAAUGCAUUUCAAGUAGUACUACACUUGUAAAAUAUGUCUCAACAGGAAGAAGGAUGGCCUCUGGGAUUGCAGCCCUUGAAUGAGAGAGUUGGGAUACCUAGAAAUAAUGUUGCUGAUUUUUCAGGAGGAUCAGUUUCAUUUAACACUUUAAUCACUGCUUCUUCUUCUUCUUCACCAGAUUCCUCUUCUUCAGAUUUAGACACUGAGUCUACAGGAUCUUUCUUCCACGAUAGAAGCAUAACACUCGGAAGCCUCAUCGGUGUUUCGAAUCUAUUCGAGUUUUCAAGAAAAUCAUCAAAAGUAAGAAAAAUAGAAGUGAUAAAAGCAAAAAAGAGCAACAAAAAACGUAAAACAUGGCUCUUCUCUCUAUGUUCAAGAGACACUACUGAUGCACAAACCGUAACGAACAACGAUGACAACAACAAUAAUAAUAAUAAUCAUCCUCCAUCUUUAGGUCAUUUUCUUGCUGCUGAAAGAAGAGCAGCAGCUGAUGAAGAUAGAAGAAACCAAAACCCUAAUUCUAGUAUUUAUGGAGCUGAUGAAUUUUCAUUUGCUGAAGCUAAUUCAUUAUUUGUUGAUGGACAAGUUGCUCCUCCUAGAGUAAUAAGUGCAUGGCAUGAGGAAGAUGAACAGAGGACAAGAAAUGGAGAGCCAGUUCUGUUUUCUUGUAUUUGUGGAUAGCUUUCUUGUUGAUUUAUUAUGUAUGAUUUGUGUAUUUUAUUGAUUAUUUUCAUUUGAUUUUAAUAAACUUCCAAUUUUGAUUUA